AUGAAUGCAAACUGCGACGCGCCAGUAUCCACCGAAGCAAUGGAUCUUGCAGCGACCAAUGGACAUAAUGAUAGGCUCUUAUGGCUCCAUGAAAAUCGGUUUGAAGGCUGUACUACAGCGGCGAUGGACGGGGCCGCGAGCAACGGCCACCUCAGUGUUGUCGAGUGGCUUCACCUCAAUCGUGAUGAGGGAUGCACCACUGUCGCGAUGGACGGUGCUUCCAUUAAAAGCCACCUCAAAGUUGUCCAGUGGCUUCACAAAAAUCGCUCUGAAGGCUGCACAACUGCAGCGAUGGAUGGUGCCGCAAGUAAUGGUCACCUGGACGUUGUCAAGUGGUUGCACGAGAAUCGUACGGAAGGUUGCACCACUGCUGCGAUGGAAAAUGCAGUGAUUAACAGUCGUGCAAAAGUGGCCCGCUGGCUAAAUGAAAAUCGCACUGAGGGCUGUACCACGGCCACUAUGGACAAGGCGGCAGGACUGGGAUACCUCGGCGCUGUCAAGUGGCUACAUAAAAAUCGAUCGGAAGGAUGCAGUUUUGCAGCAAUGGUCAAUGCCGCGUCGAAUGGAUACGUGGAUGUAGUCAAGUAUUUGCUCACCAACAUCGAUCAAGAAGCUUCAAAUGCUGCAAUUGCCGCUGCUGCUGAGAACGGUCACGCUCUGGUCGUGAAAUUACCGGCUUGCAUACGAGGAGGAGACGGCUAA